AUGGUACAAAUGAAAUCGACACCUAAGACACCAGGUUCGGCGUACCCAGUAGUGGAACAACAAUUUGGACCACAAUUCAAGGUUGCCCAUCAGAGAGUACAGAUAGAUGUGGACCUUUCGAAGAACUGUAUAGUGGGUACUACUGAGAUGAUUAUUAUGCCAUUGACCCCUAAUCUCGAAUAUAUAGCUUUGGAUUGUAAGAAUAUGAGAAUAAAGGAUAUCAUCUUUGAGAACAGACGGUUGGAUAAUUUUGUGCAUGAUGAUCCUUACAAAAAACUGUCAGACUCUUACUUGAAUAAUUCUGAGGAUGAUAUACUCUACAACUGUAACGGCAUAGAACAGAGCCAUCUAUUAAGAAAGAAAUUUUCAGAGUUUAACCAUAAUCCUGAAGGUUCAUCCAAAUCGCAGCUAUUAGUUAAAGUGCCCUCCUCUGUGAAGAUUCUGCCGCAUGACGUAAACACCCUAUCUGCGUACUUAGGAACCGCUGCUGGUACUUCCGGUAUAACUCCCUCGUUAAGAAACACCCCGAGCACUUUCCCUAACGACACAAUAUAUACCCCGUUGACUUUACGGGUAGACUACGAAUUGGACCAUCCACACACAGGUGUUUGCUUUGAUACCAUAUCCCCUGAACCUCAUCUUUGGAAUGCUUAUACAACAAACUCAGAACUAAAUAGUUCUGUAUCACAUUGGUUACCAUGCAUAGACUCCUUGGAUGAGAAAUGCACAUGGGAUUUAGAAAUAUCAGUACCUAAGAGGGUGCGGGACAUAGGAACCACUAAAGUUGUUGGUGCAAGAAACCUACGAAAGAGGACUGCAAGAGAUAGGAGAUCCAAUUUGAAUGCGAAUGAUGAACAUAUGAAGGAGGAAGACGAUGAUGAAGAUGACGAAGAUGAAGAGGAAGAGGAUGAUGAGGAUGAGGAUGGGACUAUCCAAAACGAAGAUCUGAAUAGAGAAAUCGUGGUCGUAUGUUCUGAAAUGGCAACGAGAAAGGUAACUGCCCAUCCAAUGGAUAUGGCAAAGAAGACAGUUUCCUUCCAGAUAUUCACUCCCGUGGCCCCACACCACAUCGGUUGGGCUAUCGGUGCCUUCCAGACUAUAGAACUACCUUCAAUCUUACAGGCCGAUGAAGAUGAAGAGAUGGAUGAAUUUAAAAUACCGCAACAGGAGCAAGUGUUAGCUGAUGAGCCUCGUGAUGAAAUUCCUAUAUUUGUUUACACAUUGCCAACUGUCGAUUUGAACGAAAAAACUAUCCUCAAUUCUACUCUUGUUUGCCAGGAAAUUAUGGAUUUCUAUUCUAAAGAGUUUGGUUCAUAUCCUUUUACCUCGUACUCUUUGCUGUUUUUACCAACUUUAACGACUGACCUGAUGGAUUUCACAAGCGCCACCUUUUAUAAUUCCAGAAUGCUAUAUCCUCCAGAAAUUAUAGACUUAAUUUAUCCUACAACCAACACACUUGCAUGGGGUUUAGCAAACCAAUGGUCUGGCGUUAACAUCACUCCUCUAGAAUUGAAUGAUUUAUGGUGCGUUGUUGGCAUGGCGGGAUACAUGGUAUUACAAUUAAUACGAAAGCUCAUGGGUGUCAAUGAGUACAAAUUCAGGAUCAAAAUGGCAUCGGAAGCCAUAGUUGAACAGGAUUGGGAAAAACAGCCAAUCGGAACUACUUUUGAUUCUGCUUCUUUACCUAUAUCAACUCUAUCAAAGGAAAUUAAUUUUAUAAAAUUAAAGGCUCCAAUGGUGCUUUUUAUUCUCGAUAGAAGAAUGACAAAAACAGAAAGGUCAUUCGGUAUGUCCCGAGUAUUGCCCAAAAUAUACUUACAAGCUAUGUCAGGGGAAUUGACCAAUAACUCAUUGUCUAGUACCCAUUUUCAGAGAGUGUGUGAACGUGUGAACAAAAAUAGACUCGAAACUUUCUUCAAGCAAUGGGUAUACGGAUCCGGUGUUCCAAUAUUCCGCAUAACGCAAAGAUUUAACAAAAAGAGAAUGGCAGUUGAAAUGGGCAUCAGACAAGUUCAGAUGCAGGAAUUAGGAUUAGGUAAAAUCGUUGGAAAAGAAAAUUUCAAUUCUAGUGCUAUGGAAUAUUUGCAAGAUCAAGACAAAUCUCCUACUCAGGUGUUCACCGGAUCCAUGACAAUCAGAAUCCAUGAAGCUGACGGAACUCCGUAUGAACAUAUUGUUGAACUAAAGGAUGUAUUUACAAAAUUGGAUGUUCAGUAUAACACUAAAUAUAAAAGGUUAAAGAGAAGAAGGAAGGUUAAUAGAGUGACAAAGGAAGCGAAAGAGGAAAUCAAUGAGGAUACACAGGAGGAGGAAAAUGCCAACGAAGAUAUAGUGCUUAUUAAUUGUAUGGGGGAUGUACUCGUUAGCAAAGAUGACUGUAAUAAAUGGAAUUUAACAGACCCAAUGACAACUUCAGAAGGCGAUGACUUACAGCAGCAGAAUGAGGCUUUCGAAUGGAUAAGAAUAGACUCCGAUUUUGAGUGGAUUUCGAAAGUGCACAUUAAUCAACCUGAUUAUAUGUUUGCCUCUCAGUUACAACAAGAUAGAGACGUGGAAGCGCAAGUGGAAAGUGUCAGGUUUUUUGAAGAUGUGAUUUUGAACGGCACAUCUAAUUCCCUUAUAUAUUCCUCCAUUCUCACUCGAACAGCAAUGGAUCCAAAAUACUUUCAUGGUGUCCGUCUUGCUGCUUGUAGAGCACUUUCAAAAUUUACAAUUAAAGCUGAAGAACAGCAAGAAUUCAAGGGAGGCCCAAGGCAUCUGGUUCAAAUAUUCAGGGAGCUUUUCUGUUACGAGGACUCUAAUAUUCCCAAAAACAAUGACUUUUCCGACUAUCCAAAAUAUUUCUUGCAGAAAGCAAUCCCAAAACUUCUUUCUUCAGUGAAAAAUGAUGAGGGUGUUUGCCCUGCAUUUGUUAAGGAAUUCUUGCUUGAUGUAGUGCGGUACAAUGACAACACUGAUAAUAUUUACAGCGACACUUUUUAUAUCACGGAAUUACUUGAAUCUUUGGUAGACUGUUCAAUAUCUGAUAUCAACGAUACAAAGUAUAUUGAUGAAGUUAUGAACGAAAUCCAGAGAUUUUACAAUCUAGAUCAAUGGAUGUCUUCUUAUCAAUUUUUGACCACUAAGACAAUCCAAAAACAACGACUGAAAUUGGCAGUACAUGGUCUUUAUCACUAUGAAGAUUACAAUGAACUUCUAAGCUCAACCAUGUUGGACCAACCAACAACUGACCAUCCUGUAAUCUGCCACGCAAGAGAAGGACUGCAAGACAUUGCUUUACAGGCUCUCAAAAUUUUGCUAGUUAUAGGAGGGAUCAAGAAUAAGGAAGUUUUGAAGUAUUAUUUCGAAACGCUUUGUUUCCACCCUGAUGUAUAUAUAAGGACAAAGUUAGUUGAUACCUUCGCUGGUGCAAUUGAUCUUAUAUCCUCUAAGAAUAGCAUAUCUGAGAUUGAAGACGAUAUUGAUUACAUGAUGAACGAGAUAUGCCCCACUGACCCCACCACAGUAGCAUCGAUUGUUGUUGAAGAUUUCACCAAAGAAGUUGCCCAUAGAAGGGAAAAACAGUUGAGAUCAUCUAUCAAUGGUAUGAUAACGCUAACAAGACAAAAGUUCAAGGAUUAUGAACCUCUCAAAAUGAUAAUGUGGGACGUGCUGCAUUCCCCAUUGAUAAACGUAUAUCAACGGAAGAGGCUUUUCGAUAUAGCUAAUGUGAUAUACCAACUGUACGAUGCAUACAACGUUAUUUUGCCAGUCCCAAGGGAUAAAAAGCUCGUUUGCAAGAAUAUCGGCAACAACACUGUAGUCAUAAAACGUGAAGGAAUACUCAAAGUUCAUCUUGCACCACUGAAACCAGCAAUUGUGGAACCAAAACAUCCACCCACCACAAUAAAAAUUACAAUACCGAAGAAGUCAACUUCCAAACCAAGUAUGCCUGCUGUAGCAGCAAAAGCAAAAAAGAAGCCAUCAUCUGUUAAAGGUACUGUGACGAAAGUAGGGACGUUGCCCAUCAGAUUCCUCAAGAUUUCCACUAAAACAAAUUCGGUACAUAUUUCAUCACUACCGCACAACCCUAACGUAUCGAUACUAAAAUCAAAUAGAAGAACCCUUUCUAUAAAAUUGAAAGUUCCGGCAAACAAAAAAUGA